AUGGUGCACCAUCAUCAUCGUCGUCGCGGCCUUCUGGCGAGCCAUCAUUGUCUGUUAAGGAGGCGAGGUACGACACCCUCGCUUCUCCAAGUCUUCCUAUUGAUACUCGGUCUCUGGCUACCGGUGCUGGACAACGGUGGCCUUGUCCUGGCUUGCGGACCAGGCAGAGGCGGUGGACGACGUCCUAUACUGAGGAAGCUAACGCCGUUGGUGUUCAAACAACAUGUACCGAACGUCAGUGAGAACACGCUGCCAGCUAGCGGGCUCAGCGAGGGCCGCGUGUCCAGGCAUGACUCCAGGUUCCGGGAUCUCGUGCCGAACUACAACGCGGACAUCAUCUUCAAGGAUGAGGAGGGCACCGGAGCGGAUCGACUGAUGACACAGAGGUGCAAGGAGAAGUUGAACACCCUCGCUAUCUCGGUAAUGAACCAAUGGCCGGGGGUGAAGUUAAGGGUGACAGAAGGGUGGGACGAGGAGGGUAAGCACGCGACGGAUUCGUUGCAUUACGAGGGACGUGCCGUUGACGUGACGACGAGCGAUCGGGAUCGCUCGAAAUACGGAAUGCUGGCGAGGCUCGCUGUCGAAGCUGGUUUCGAUUGGGUCUACUACGAGUCCAGGUCGCACAUCCACUGUUCCGUCAAGUCUGAAUCCUCGUCGGCGGCGAAAUCAGGAGGCUGCUUCCCCGGCAGGAGCCUCGUCCGAACCGAGGACGGUUCGACGAAGCGCUUGGACCAAGUGCAGCUCGGCGAACGUAUAGCCGCUCUCGAUUCCCACGGCGACAUCGUCUACAGCGAGGUGAUCGCGUUCCUGGACCGUUCCCUCACAGAAAGGAGGCAGUUCGUCCAGUUAACCACCGAAUCGGGCCGUGUCCUCACCUUAACCCCGGCCCACUUGGUACCGAUCGAAGGUAGAUCGUCGAUAUUCGCCGGACGAGUUCAGCCUGGUGACAAGAUCCUAGUGAGAGAUCCAGCCGACGACGAGAAGAAGCUUCAACAUCGUCUGAGAUGGGACAAAGUGGUCGACAAUCGGCUUGUCCUAGAAGAGGGCAUCUACGCUCCUCUGACCACGGAAGGAACGGUGCUGAUAGACGACGUGGUCGCCUCUUGUUACGCGUUCGUGGACAGCCAGGAACUGGCCCACUUCGCCUUCCUCCCCUACAGAAUGUGGAGCAACGUGAAAACCUUCUUCGAGAGGAGGCUUCUCGGCAUGGAGGACACUAGGUACCAAGACGUGAGACAAGAAGCGAGAGCCGCGCAGGAAGGUAUCCUAUGGUACGCUUCCUUCCUCUAUUGGGUGUCCUCUUACGUCACACCCUCGAGAAUGCUGUAUCAGUGA